UUGGUGUAUUGUCGUUGGUGCGUGCUUUGAUUGCUCAUUAAAAGUGCCUAAAAGCUAACAACCAACACAUCUGAGGUGGUUAGUUGUUGCUCUGCUGUGAUCCAGUGAGUUGGGUGAAAAAGGUUCGCUCCUAUCGUGACUUUUCUUUUGGACACUUGAACACAUUCCACCACGACAGAACCAUCAUGCGGCCCUCUCUUAGGGUAUUGCUCGUCAUUGGGUGUAUAGGUCUUAGCCAGGCCAAGCCAAGCCCUCAAGACUCGUACGGCUCACCUCAAGCCAAUUCGGUGGAUACCUACGGUUCGCCCAAGGGACCGGCCUGUCGAACUGAUGUUUCAGCCAACCCAUUGCCUGGAGCCGAGUGCAAUGCCAAUGCUCCCAAUUGUCAGGAUCAAUGCUCCACCACGUAUGAACAGAAGUGUGAGACCAAAUAUGACAAUCAAUGCCAGACCAUCAACGAGCAAAAGUGCGAAACUGGUUACGAGAGCAAAUGCGAAACGGUCUAUCAAUCGGAGUGCAAAACCGAAUAUGAUGACCAAUGCAAUACUGUCUAUGAUCAGAAAUGCGAGACCACUUACCAGACUACUUACGACAACCAAUGUGAGACCAAGUACGACAACCAAUGCGAGACCGUCUACGAGGACAAGUGUGAGACUCGUUAUGAGGACAAGUGCAACACCGUCUACGACACUCAAUGCGAGACCAAGUACGAGGAGCAAUGCCAUCAAGUCACCGAGCAGGAGUGCCACACGGAACAGGAUCAAAAGUGCGACACUUCCUAUGAGCAGAAAUGCGAGACCACUUAUGAGACCACCUAUGAGCAACAAUGCCACAACGAAUAUGACCAGCAAUGCGAGACCAAGUACGACACCAUCUACGAUCAAAAAUGUGAAACUGUUUACGAAACCUUCUACGACCAGCAAUGCUCAACUGUUUAUGAUACUGUGAAUGAGCAGAAAUGCGAGACCAAAUACGACACGGUUUACGAAGAGCAAUGUUCCACCGUCUACGACACUGUCAACGAACAGAAGUGCGAGACCAAGUACGACACCACCUACGAUCAGAAGUGCGAGACCAAAUACGUCACCGAAUACGAGGAGAAGUGUCAAACUAAUUACGUCGAAGAGUGUAACACUGCCUACGAGGAUAAAUGCGAGACUCAAUACGAGACCACCUACCAGGAACAAUGUCACACCGAGUACGAUACCAAAUGUCAAACUGUCUACGACACCCACAUGGAUCAAAAAUGUGAAACCAAGUACGAAUCUAAGUGUGAAACAAAGUAUGAGACUCAAUACGACCAACAAUGCCGCACGGAAUACCGAACGGAGUACGACACCGUCUAUGAGGAGAAAUGCGACACCAAAUACGACCAGAAAUGCGAGUCCAAGUACGAGACCGAAUACGAGACGCAGUACGAGCAAUCGUGUCAACAAGUUCCAGAGAAGGAGUGUUCCACAACUUACGAACAAGUUUGUCAACUCCAAUACGAAACCGAAUACGAGGAAGUGUGUGAAGAGGCCCAAGACGAGUAUGGUGCUCCCCAAGCCCCCGCUGUCGGAAACACCGAUUCUUACGGAAGUCCCCAAGGCCAAGCCAUUGACAGCUAUGGUUCCCCUCAAGCCAAUGAGGUGGACGGCUAUGGAGCCCCCAAAGGCCCUGUGUGUAAGCAAGUGCCUAAGCAAGUGGAGAAGCAGAACUGCAACAAUGUCCCUCGAGAGGUCUGCAAGGAUGUCUACCGCAAUGAGUGCAACCAAAUCGCCAAGCAAGUGCCUAAGCAAGUGCCCAAGGAGGUUUGCAGCCAAGUAGCCCGCGAAGAGUGCAACAAGGUGCCUCGCCAGGUGCCUCGUCAAGUUCCCGAACAGAAAUGCGAACAGGUUUCCAAGCAGGUCCCCAAACAGGAAUGCAAGCAAGUGGAGAAACAAGAGUGCUUUGACGUCCCCCGACAGGUCCCCCGAGAAGAUUGCAAGCAAGUGCCCCGACAGGCUUGCGAGAACAUUCCCCAACAACACGAGAAUGAGGUGUGCACCCAAGUUCCACGUCAAAACUGCGUCAAGGUUCCUAAGCAGAGCUGCCAGAACGUUCCCAAGCAGGUGGCCAAACAGGAAUGUAAUCAGAUCCCACGCCAAGUCCCCAAGCAAGAGUGCCACAACGUUCCCAAACAAGUGCCUCGUCAAGAGUGCAAACAAGUUCCCCGACAAGUGGAGAGUCAGAAUUGCUACAACGUGCCCAGACAAGUGCCCCGAGAGGAGUGCCAAAAUGUGCCCCGCCAAGAAGCCAGCGAAAAAUGCGGUCAAGUGCCUCGUCAGGUGAGCCGCCAGGAAUGCAGACAAGUGCCUCGAGAAGAAUGCACCAAUGUGCCCAAGCAAGUGGAAAGCCAAGAGUGCAAGCAAAUCCCCCGCGAGAACUGCUACAACGUGCCAAGACAGGUGUGCAAUCCCACCUACCGCCAAGAAUGCGAGAAGGUGCCCAAGGAGAGUUGCCAACAAGUGCCUCGUCAAGAGUGUAACCAAGUGGAGCGACAAGAAUGCAAAAAGAUCCCGCGAGAGAGCUGCAAACAGGUGCCCCGUCAAUCUUGCCAACAGGUUCCUAAGCAAGAGGCUAAACAGGAGUGCAAACAAGUGCCUCGCCAAGAGUGCCAGAAGGUUCCCCGCCAAGCGUGCACCCAAGUGCCCAGUCAGCAGUGUGACCAAGUGCCCAAACAGAACUGCUACAAUGUCCCACGAGAGCAAUGCGAGCAAGUCACUCGCCAAGAGUGCAAGCAAGUGCCCCGUCAACAAUGCACUCAACAGUGCACCAACACCUACACUUGUCAAAUCUGUGAACAGACUGAUUCCUAUGGCUCGCCUCAAUCUAGUCCCGUCCAGCCGUCCUACAGUUCCCCGGCACAACCCUCCUACUCGGGCAAAUAGGAAUAUGACCGCAGGCCUGACUUGGGCGGAAGACCCUAUCCGCCUUUUCCCAGUUCCCUCUUCAUUUCCUUGUUAACAAAAACAUACCCCAUACCCUCUCCCUGCUGCCAUACAAGAAACCACUUCUCCACCGUCAGCUAGCCUGAUCGGAAGAGAACAAAAGCAUCGCCUUUUUCAUUAUCAUGACCCCCAAAUCUUUUUUUUUCUCUUCUUGAAGUGCCCCCAACUUUGGAUUGCCCUUUCAUUCAGUCACGGAUUUUUAGUCUAGUCAUCAUUGCAGUAGUCGCCACAAAUGAAGACCGAUCCCAGAGUCGACGACGAUCAAUUCCCUCAAGUGAGAGGGGUUUCAUGAACCCUUUCGUUCGCCCGUCGCCCCUAAAGCUUCAAGUGAACUGUUCCUCUCAUUUGGAACGCCAUUGUCAUCUGACACAUACGUCUUCAUACGAUAUUGCAAGCGGAUAUGCUAGUCAUCAUGCAUCAUCGCCCGUCUUUAGUCCACGCUCUAAACUCGCUCGUACGUACGCAAUUCAAGUCAUGAGUGACGAGAAUAACGAAACAAAAAAUUUGGACGAUAGACUUCUCUACCUAAAGAACUAGCAGAUCUGACUAGCUCCCCAUCAAUACUAUGCGAAGAAUCAAAGGAUGUAGCCGCAAGCCCUUGUCUGUGUGUCUGCCCGGCCCCAAGAACCAUCGUCAUCUAUUUCACAAUCCAUCAUUGUUGUGAUAGGACAAGACGAAUUGCUCAAAAAAAAAGUCGUGUCUGCAACAUUACAAUUUUUGCCUCGAAAGUCACCGCUACCAUGUACUAUGACGAUUACUAGCACUUCUGGCAAUUUGAAAGCAGCGCUCAGAUCACAGAUCAUAUUCCAAUACUACAUUUUUACCACAACCACCCAACCAUUUUCCAUUUUGUUACCAGAGAAGCGCCAUGACCAUCAUGACUUGGUUGAUCCAAGUCACUUGAGUUACAAAGCGUAACUUCUCCUUUGUUUGUUCAACUAUUUUUGUGUGUACCUUAUCCCACAAGAUAGGUACAUACUGUACCUAUCUUGAAUGCGGUGUUGUUAUUGUUAUUUGACCUAUUUAUUAGGGGGAGAAUGAUAUCAAUAAACCAGUUACAAAAUCAA